CUUUCCAAUAACAAGAUCAGUGGUUUAGAUGUUCAGAUGUUCGAAAGCCUGACUUCUCUGGCAAAACUAGAUAUAAGCCACAACAAGAUUUCUACAUUAGAAGAUGGAAUAUUUGAUAAUUUAUUUAAUUUAAGUGAAAUAAACUUAAGUUGGAAUCCAUUUGUUUGUGACUGCAAACUUUCCUGGUUGCCCCGUUGGGUAGAAGACAGAAAAGUGAAAGUUAUUCAGGCAUCAGAUACAAGAUGCACCCACCCUCCUGAGGUGGCAAACCUUUCCCUCUUUGAUGUCUCCUUCAUCAAUGCUACUUGUGGAGCUCAAUACAUAACGUGUCUGACAAGCAACCACACAGAAGGGGAUGAAUUUGUCGUCUUCUUCACCUCUGUUCACCCUGGGAACCUCACUGAGGAGAUCUGCAGUGCCCUCUGUUAUGCUGAAGACCAGGAAUAUGGAGGUUUCAGCGCCCAGGGGCAGUGUUUGUGUGGUACUGCCCAUGAAACAAACUCUUCUGCUGGCUGUUUGCCAUUUUGCACUGAGCAUUGGUCCGGGCAGGCCUGUGGUGGCCCAUCACUCGUCCCCUCUCCCUUCCAGGCACAGCUGCCUGUGGCUUUUGCAGGACUUCAGCCCCGGUACAGCCUAUACCAGGCCGUGCUCUUCAAUGUCAGUAUUCCCAUUGCUGUCAGCACUUUACUGUGGGAAUUUGGGGACCAGACAGAGGUUCUCAACACCACUGGCAAUGCAGUUGUCCACAUGUAUGCCUUACCUGGGCAGUACAAUGUCACUGCCACCAUCUUCGUGGGCACCAAGGUCUUAUAUGUGCAGGCAGAAAUUGAGGUGGUGGCUUCCCCUCAACAGUUAGAACUGCAGUGUCCUUCCUUGGUCAAGACAAAGGAGAGUCUGGACAUACGGAUCCGCAACAGAGGUGGCACUGGCCUUGCGGUGGUGUAUGGUAUCACCGCAGAGGCUGGAGAGCUGAGCAGAGCAGUUCACCCCCUGUGCCCCCGUGAUGGUUUGGUUUUCCUGGGCAAUAACCACUGCUAUCAGCUGGUGGUGGAGAAGGCCGAGUGGCUGGAGGCCCAGCAGCACUGCCAGGAGCAUGGCAAUGGAGAGCUGGCUUUUGUGAGCAGCCCUGAGAUCCAGAGCUUCUUGGUCGCUCAUGUCAUCAGGAGCCUUGAUGUCUGGAUUGGAUUCAAUGAUUUUGCAAGCACUGGAGCACAGCAAAGAGGUGAAGGAUUUAAUCUGGAGAGCUGUCAGAACUGGCUGCCAGGAGAACCCCAUCCGUCAAACGCUGACCACUGUGUCCGCAUGGGCCCAACGGGCCAGUGUAACACAGACCUGUGCAUGGCCAAGCACAGCUACGUCUGCGAGUACAAGCCAAAAGGAGUUCUAUUAAAUGCCAAAAACUUCUUUGUGGGAGACCCUGAGUUUCACACACAUGAGGCUGUGAAAAAUGUGACAGAAGAUGUGCUGUCAGCUCCGUGGCAAGCUGUGGAGGUGAUGGUGUUCCCUGAGCUGGCAUUCAGGCACGAGGGAUAUUUGACUGCCCUGGAGUUUGUGACGCAGGAACUGCAUCAAGCUGUUCAAGUGAGGUUCCAGGUGCACAGACCAAUAGAUGGAGAAGGCUACCGGGAGGAAAAAAAUGCUACAGAAUCAUUCCACACUGCUCAGGAUGAUAUGAGCUGGACGCUACUUGAAUGUCCUCCUGGUUUUGAGUGGUGUCAUCUUACUAAUUUGUGCUCGUCACUGAACAACUGCUGCAACGCGACUGAGUGUGCCAACAGUUCCCUUGCCAGCAGCCCUACCCCUGUUUCCCCUCAGCACAAUGAAAGUCAGCUCAGCUAUGAACUCAUCGAGGAAUUUCUCUUUACAAUACCAGCUGGCCCUUCUUCCCAGUAUCUGGUCACAUUCAGAAAAGAAAAUAUUUUUGUCAGGGCUGAGGAUGUCUUCAGUAUCCAGCACAAUGCAGGCUUGGGCUUACUCCUCCAGUGCCAACCAAGUACCACAUCUCCUUACAGAACCAACGUCUUAAUCAUGAACUCCUCAGAGUGGGCACUGGGCCUGUCUGAUGGCUCCAUUGGUGCCACCUGGAUAAACAACACCGUUUGCUCUGUUCGAGUUCGCUACGCUGAGGAACAAUUGGUCCCAGUGAUCAGCCCCCACAAUGCGGGGCUGGAGCAUCCAGGCCGCUACACAGUCAGAGCCAGCGUGGACAACGGGUUCUUCAGCACCAAUCUGUCUUGCAGUUUCUGGGUGACCUCCUGGGUGUCAGGCCUGCGGGUGAUCCACCCCGCUCCUCAGGGCGGCAGGGUGUACCUACCAUCCAACCACACCACCCUGGUUGUCAAAAUCUCCUCGGGGGUGAACGCGACAGCUAGCUGGCUGGGGGACAACCACACCUUUCCCUUCGAGGGGUCCUGCCCAGCGGCUGUUGUGCCGCUGACGACCGACUGUGCCAGGGAGACCAACGACACCUGGUUUGCUGUGGUCAGCCUGAGUGGCCUCAGGGAGGGGGUGAGCACCCACAUGCUUGUUGUGGACAACACCGUGAGCUCCCAGAACAUCACCAUCACGGUGAAAGUGGAGGAGCCCAUCCGUGGGCUGAGGGCCACCCCUGACCCCGAGAGCAGAGUCCUGCUAAAUACACGAGUGAGCUACGUCCCUGUGAUGGAAGCUGGGUCAGAUGUGACUUUCCGAUGGACAGUAGAUGAUAAGCCAUCUUUCACUUUUUACAAUGUUGUCUUCAACGUUAUCUACCAAAGCCCAGCUGUGUACAAGCUUUCGCUCACCGCCUCCAACCACGUCAGUAACUUUACAAUCAAUUACAAUGUCACGGUGGAGAUGAUGAAUAAGAUGAAGAACCUGACUGUGUUGGGUGUCCUGCCAGUCCUCCCUCUGAACAGCACCGUGGAGCUUACGGCAAGAGUUCAGGUCGAUUCAGCUGUGGAUGCUAUGUUCCUGUGGGAUUUUGGAGAUGGUGUCCAGGAGACAUACCUGUUCAAACCUCCCUACAACAAGUCUUUCCUUGUUCCUGAUCCCAGCGUCCAUGAGGUUGUAAUUGAGCAUAAUGUUUCACACGUCUAUCAGGACCCAGGCGAAUAUGCCCUGAUGGUUCUUGUGUCAAACCAGUUUGAGAACCUCACCCACUUGACCCCAGUGCACGUCCACAGUUACCUAAUUGAUGUGAAGAUGGAAGUAGAGGAGAACGUUUUAGUUGUGAGCCGUCCGGUCACCUUCAGAGCCAGUCCUCUGCCAUCUCCUUACGGCGUCAUGUACACCUGGGACUUCGGGGACGGGUCCUCCCUGCUGACAACAAGCCAGUCUCCAGUGACAUACAGCUACCCCAGGAGAGGAGUGUACAACAUCACCGUGACAGCAAACAAUACCAUAAGCAGUGUGGAGACAGUUGAGUGCUACCAAGUGUUUGAAGAGAUCACUGGGCUCCAUGUUUCUGCAGACAAGGCAGCGGAGCUGGGAGCAUCUGUGAGCAUUAAUGCCUCGGUGCAGACAGGGGACAGUAUCACCUGGAUGUUUGAUAUGGGGGAUGGGACGGUGCUGAGGAGGCAGGUGCCGGUCGUGGAACAUGUGUACAUGAAGGACAUCAACUGCACUGUGAACGUGACAGCUGUGAAUCCUGUGAACUCUGUCUCCCAGACUGUGCCUGUUCGGAUAUUUGUCCUGGAAGUACUCAAAAUAGAGCCAACUUCUUGCAUCCUUGAGCACCCAGACGUGCAGCUCACGGCGUAUGUGACGGGGAAUCCUGAUGAAUACAUAUUCGAUUGGACUUUUGGAGAUGGCUCGUCCAAUGUCACAAUCAGUGGGGACCCUGUGGUGAUGCACAACUUCACCCGAAGCGGGACGUUCCCCCUCUCCCUGACUCUCUCGAGCAGGUUUAACAAGGCUCACUAUUUCACCAGCGUCUGUGUGGAGCCAGAGAUAGUCAAUGUCACCCUUCUCCCCUCCAAGCAGUUUGUGAGACUUGGUGAAGAGAGCAGCUUCCAGGUCAGUGCCAUGCCUCUCUACCAGUACCGCUACCGCUGGGAUUUUGGGAACAAUGAGUCCACUAGAUCGAGUGGGACUGAAGUGACCUACACCUACAAGAACACAGGGGUCUUCCUGGUCACGGUGACUGUCUCCAACAAUGUCUCUUUCAACAAUGACACAGCAUUUGUGGAAGUCCAGGAACCAGUUGGGGUAGCAAAGAUUGAAUAUAACGGGACAAAUGUUUUGGAGCUGAACCAGAUCUACCUGUUCUCUGCCAGCAUAAGUGGAACAAAAGUGAGUUACUGUUGGGACUUUGGAGAUGGCACUACACAGCCUGGCCAAAUUGCUGCCCAUUCCUACAACAACACAGGCCAUUACACUAUUAGUGUGACAGGCUGGAAUGAUGUCAGCUUUAAUGAGACCGUCAUUGAUGUCACAGUGAAACGUCGGCUCCAUGGGCUGACCAUCAAUGCCAGCAGGACAGUGGUGCCAUUGAAUGGCUCAGUCAGUUUUGUAGCCACGCUUGUAGCUGGCAGUGCCAUCCGUUACUCGUGGAUCCUCUGUGACCGCUGCACUCCUAUCCAAGGCUCCUCCACAAUUUCCUACACUUUCCGGUCCGUGGGCACAUUCAAUGUCAUUGUGACAGCAGAGAACAAGAUCAGCUCGUUGCAGGACAGCAUCUACGUCUAUGUCCUGGAGCAGAUUGAAGGCCUGCAGGUGGCUGGCAGUGACCUGGUGGAAGACAUGUAUUUCCCAACUAACAAAACACUCCAUUUGCAAGCAGUGGUGAGAGAGGGAACAAACAUCUCUUACAGCUGGGUAGCCCAACGGGAUGGCAGUGCUGUGCAGACCUUCACUGGGAAAACCUUCUCCUUGAGCAUCCUAGAAGCUGGAAACUACACUGUCUAUCUGAAAGCCACUAAUAUGCUAGGCUGUGCAACUGCUAACAGGACACUGGAGUUCAUUGAAAGCAUCGGUCUUCUGAAGCCUUAUGCCUUCCCCAACCCAGUUGCUAUUAAUGCCUCUGUUAACAUAAGUACCACCAUAACCAGUGGCACUGGCAUCACGUAUGUUUGGUAUCUAGAAGAUGGCUUCUCCUCUGUUACUUCUGAACCCUUUAUUAUAUACUCCUUCCAAAGCCCUGGAGUGAUUGAGGUUGUCAUUGGAGCAGAAAACAAGCUGGAUUCAACCAAUGCAACAAUUAAUAUCUGUGUAGAGGAGGUCAUAGAGGGGCUGAGUAUAGGGACUGCAGAACUGGACUGUCGAUACGUCUCAUCGGGCUCCACGGUGGUCUUUGAGGGGGAGCUGCAGAAGGGGACUGAAGUGACAUGGCUCUGGGAGGUGCCAAAUGGCACAUUGACUGGCCAGUCCGUGGCAGUCACAUUCCCCACAGCAGGGUUUUAUACGGUCUACCUGAAUGCGUCAAACGACAUCAGCUGGGCUCUGGCCAGCAGGAAUAUCUCAGUACUGGACAGGAUUCAAGGACUGGAAGUUCUUGCCAGCAAGAAGGUGGUGGAGCCAGGGGAACAGGUCACCUUUGUGAUCAGGAUGUUGUCGGGUACCUCUGUGAGUUACUUGGUGAGCAUAAGUGGGGACUACUCUGUGGUGCUCAACGGGUCCAAGUACACGCAUGAGUUCACCAAGAGCGGUGAUUAUUUGGUGACAGUGACGGUGCAGAACCAAAUCAGCAUCGCCCAUGCCCAGGUGCUCAUCUCUGUCCUGGAGGCCGUCCGCAACGUGCAGCUCCUGAACUGCUGUGAGGAAGGCAUACCCACAGGCACGGAGAAGAGCUUCAGUGCCCAGGUGGGGAGUGGCUCCCGUGUCUCAUUCUCUUGGCAGUUCUCCCUGCGGAAAGAGCAAGGUCGCUCUGUGGUCAUUAUGGCAGGAGAGAGUGUUUCCUACACUCCAGAAGCUGCAGGGCUGCUCGAGAUUCACCUCAGUGCCUUCAAUGACUUGGGAGGUAUCAAUAUCACCAGAACCAUCCAGGUCCAAGACCCGAUAGUCCAGGUCUCCCUCACUGCCUCCAAUGCUUUUGUCAACAGGACUGCAGUGUUUGAAGCAGCAGUGGUGCCCAGCAGCAGGAGCGUUGAGUUCUUGUGGACCUUUGGGGAUGGCUCUUCCACUCAAAUGACCAGGGUUGCAGUGGCCAACUAUUCUUACCUGAGCCCUGGGGAUUACCUGGUGGAAGUGAAUGCCACCAAUCUCAUCAGCUUCUUCAUAGCCCACCUCACUGUCACUGUCAAAGUCCUGGAGUGUGAGGAGCCAGAGGUGGAGUUAGCCUUGCCCCCUCAAGUAGUCAUGAAGCGAUCCCAGAGGAACUACCUGGAGGCACAGAUCGACCUCCGAGGGUGCAUCAAGUACCAGACAGAGCACUUGUGGGAGAUCUACCAAGCACCCAGCUGCUUGAACUUGGACAGCUCCAGCAGGAUCCAUCUGCCAAACGUUGAUGUCAACAGGCCCCAGCUAGUUAUACCAAAGCUUGCCCUAGAAGUUGGGAACUAUUGCUUCAUCUUUAUUGUCUCCUUUGGAGAUACCCCACUGUCCAAAAGCAUCUUUGCCAACGUAACUGUGAUACCAAGUAAGCUGGUCCCAAUCAUUGAUGGAGGGUCAUACCGUGUAUGGUCCAACACUCAGGACUUAAUCUUGGACGGGGAGAAAUCCUAUGACCCGAACUUGGAUAACGGUGAACAGACUCCGUUGUUAUAUGAUUGGUCUUGUACGUUCUCCUCCAAGAGCUCGGCUGCAGGGUGCUCUCUGAAUUUCAGUGCCAAGGAAGGAAUUGUCACAAUUUCCAAAGCUGUAUUAGAAGCAGAUGUGGAGUAUACGUUCGACCUCACCGUCAGGAAGGCGGGUAUGAGUCCCGAGGCAACAAAUCAAACCGUAUUCAUCAAGAGAGGGGGAGUCCCUAUCGUGUCCCUGGAGUGCAUUUCCUGCAAGGCUCAGUCUGUCUAUGAAGUUAGCAAGAGCUCCUACGUCUACCUGGAGGGGACCUGCCAAAACUGUCACAAUGACUCCAAGCUUGGGAGAUGGGCAGCACACAGCUUUAAAAACAAGUCUCUCAUCCUGGACAAAAAAACUACCUCCACUGGUGACACGGGGAUGAACCUGGUCUUGAGGCAAGGGGCACUGAAGGAUGGGGAGGGAUAUACUUUCACCCUUCACAUCACAGACCUCACAACAGGGGAGGAGGGAUUUGCCUCCAUUGAUCUGCUCCCAAACCAGCCGCCUGUUGGAGGAUCCUGCCAGCUGUCUCCCAAAGGACCCCUCAGGGCGCUGAUGGCGAAAGUGCACUUUGAGUGUGCAGGCUGGCGAGACACGGAGGACGCGGAGGGCCCACUGGUGUACAUCCUCCUGGCAUCCCGCCGCAGGGCUGGGCACUACCACGAGUUCUGCGUGUACAAGGGCAGCCGUGCCGAGCACAGCGCCUUCCUGCCCCCGGGCUUUCAUGAGAGUGGCUUCAUGGUGUCCGUGUCUGUUCUUGUGCAGGACCAGCUGGGAGCCACCGUGGUGGCCGUUAACCGCUCCAUGGAAAUCGGCUUACCCGAGGGGUUCCCCAGCCUCUCCCAAUGGCUCUACAAUCAAACUGACACUGUGCUCCAGGGCUUAGUGAAGCAAAGGGACCCUCAACAGGUCAUCGAGUACUCUCUGGCCCUCAUCACCAUCUUAAAUGAGUAUGAGCGGUCCAUGCUUCUCGAGCCUGAGACUGGGAAUGAAUUUGAACUCCGGACCUGGACUCGUAACAAUAUCACAGAAACCCUGAACUCGCUGAAUGUGAACACAGUUGAUGAUAUCCAGCAGAUCUCUGCUGCCUUGGCGCAGUGCACGGUGGUGAGCAAGGAGCUGGUUUGCAAGUCAUGCCUGACAAGGACCUUGAACAAGCUGGAGACCAUGAUGACCAUUCUUCAAGGAGAAAUGACCCAGGGCACUGUGACACCAACUGGCAUCGCCGACAACAUCCUCAACAUCACAGGUGACUUAAUUCACCUCGUCAACACGGCAUCACAAGAAUCCAAGCCACAGGAGCUGCUUGCUGAUUCCCACAAUUUGCUGCUAGCUCCCAAAGCCUACAACCUGUCUUCCAGCCUGAUGCGCAUCCUCAUGAAGUCUCGAGUGCUGAAUGAAGAACCCCUUGAACUGGUGGGAGGAGAAAUUAAGGCCACAGGCAAGCGGUCUGAUCCCUUUAACUUGCUUUGCUACGAAAACACACCAAACUGCCAGUUCUCCAUCCCCCAGGCAUUCAACACCACCCUUUCCAACCUAACGGAUGUCAUUCAGGUCAUGUUCCAAGUGGACUCCAAUCCUUUUCCUUUUGGUUACAUCAGCAACUACACCGUGUCCACAAAGGUCGCCUCCAUGGAGUUUCAGACACACAAUGGGGUGCAGAUCCCCAUCGGGAGCCUGGACUCGGAGAAAGCCAUCACUGUAAUGGUGUCAAACAACACAGAUGCUGACAAUCUCUCUGCUGGCACUGAAGUCAUCGAGGCAAGAACAUCUGUGAACCUAAUUGUGACUAUGGAGAGCAACAACAGAGAAGCAGGACUGCACUUCCAGCUCACUUACAGAGUCCUGAAUGAUCACUACAUCGCAAGCGAGCCUGAGCCAUUCAUCAUGGCUUACCUCCACCACGAACCAGAGCCCAAUGAGCACAACUGCAGUGCCUCUAAGAAAAUUGGCCUGGAUGCCCUGGCUGGAAGUGACCACAAGCUCUACACCUUCUUCACCUCCCCCAGAACUGAUGACACCAUCCAGAAAUACUACUUCAACAUCACAAACCAUUUCAGCUGGUCGCCAGUGGAGGUGACUCUGGGGCUGUACACCUCCCUCUGCCAGUACUUCAGUGAGCAGGAGAAACGCUGGAAGACAGAAGGCAUCAUCCCGCUAGAAGAGACCAGGCCAGACCAGGCUGUGUGCUUAACCCAGCACCUCACCGCCUUCGGGGCCAGUCUGUUUGUGCCCCCAAACUCUGUCCAGUUCAUCUUCCCUGCUCCAGGCCCAGGUCUCAACUACAUCGUUCUGCUGACUUGUGCUGUCUGCUUUGUGACCUACUCAGUGGCUGCACUGAUCGUGCACAAGCUGGACAUGAUCGACAUUAACCGAGUGGGGGUGAUUCCCUUCUGUGGGAAGAAUGGGCUGUACAAAUACGAGAUCCUGGUGAAAACUGGCUGGGGCAGAGGAUCAGGUACCACGGCCCACGUGGGGAUCGCUCUGUAUGGCAUAGACAAUAAAAGUGGUCACAGACAUCUGGAUGGAGAAAAUGCCUUCCACCGCAACAGCCUUGAUGUGUUUCAGAUUGCAACAGAGCGGAGCCUGGGGAGCAUCUGGCGCAUCCGCAUUUGGCACGACAAUAAAGGACUCAGCCCCUCUUGGUACUUACAGCAUGUCAUAGUCCGCGACCUACAGAGCAGCAAGAGUUACUUCUUCCUCGUGAAUGACUGGCUGUCGGUGGAGAGCGAGGAGAACGAUGGCAUGGUGGAGAAGGAGGUUUAUGCUGCCAGUGAGACAGAGCUGAGAAGCUUCUCCCGGAUCUUCAUAGCCGAGCUGCAACGAGGUUUCUUUGAGAAGCACGUCUGGCUGUCCAUGUGGGACCGCCCGCCUCGCAGCCGCUUCACCCGUGUCCAGAGAGCCACCUGCUGCUCCCUCCUCAUUUUCCUCUUCCUCUGUGCCAAUGCUGUGUGGUACGGUGUGGUGGGCAACGUACACCUCAGCAACGGGGCCGUUUCCAACCUGAUCCCUGUUAAUGUGGACACAGUGGCUGUUGGUCUGGUGUCCAGCGUGGUGGUCUACCCUCUCUACCUGGUCAUUUUAUUUCUCUUCCGGAUGGCUCGUGGCAAGGUCUCCAUCAACCACACCCUGACUCACUCAGACCAGCAGUCCUUGGAGAUUGACAACUACCUGGACUCUUCGAUCCUCGACAGCUCCUUCCCCACCUUCCCUGGGCUCCGAGCAGAGGCCUUCUCUGAGCAAACCAAGACAGAUCUGUUCUUGGAGGACUCCAAAAGCCUCGUGCGGUGGCCCUCCAGUGAGGCCCUGCUCAGCUGGCCAGACCUCCUCAGCGACCCCUCCAUCAUGGGCAACACUAUCCAGAAGCUGAAGAGAGGCCGGGCCAGCCGCCACCUCGGACUUGAGGCCCCAUUGGCCACUGAGGAGGACAGCUUGUCACUCGGUGUUCACCAAGGACAGCCUCGGUAUUUCUCUGCCUCAGAUGAGGAUCUGAUCCGGCAGAUUCUGGCAGAUGGAGCUAGCGGCAUCUCCCAUUCCCAGGACCUGGGGCCCUACAUGAGGGCUGAAACGGAUCUGAUCUCGGGCCUGUCCAGUGUCUUUGGGGAGAAGGUGGAGACUGUCAUGAUGCAGAAGCUCAACGACAAAGGCCAGAGCAUGGCAGCUCCUCCCAGGGAAGUGAGCAGAUCAGCCAAGUCGACCUGGACAGUUGCAGACCAAACAUUCAGGAAGCGCUUGCUGCCACCCUGGUGCUCCUAUCUGGCUCAUGGUAUCAGUCUCCUCCUCUUCGCCACCUCCACGGGGGUCUCUGUGUGGAUUGGGGUGGGCUUUUCCUCCAGUGUUGCCCUCAUGUGGCUCAUCUCAGGGAUAUUCAGCUUUCUGGCAUCCUUUUUGGUCUGGGAGCCACUGAAGGUUCUGCUGGAAGCCCUCUAUUUCUCUCUGGUUGCCAAACGCUUGCACCCAGAGGAAGAUGAUACCUUGGUGGAGCAUCCGUUUGUUGAGCAUGUUUCUGAGAAGAUCAGCAAAGUCCGGCCCCCGCAGGGCUUCGCCCUUUUCCAGGCCAAGGAGGAGGCCAGGAAGGUCAAACUGCUACACAGGAUGCUGAAGAAUUUCCUCAUCUACAUGAUGUUCUUGCUGGUGAUCCUGCUCACCAACUACGGAGACGCCUCCCGCAACAGCAGGGCCUUCCUCUUGCAGAGCUCCAUCAAGCAGCAGUUGGGCAGCAACGAAUUCCUCCGCAUCAAGAGGUCAGAUCAGUUCUGGGUCUGGAUGUCGCAGGUCUUCCUCCCGUACCUCUACAACAACCAGUCGGGUCAGGAGAGCUACAGCACCACGCUGGGGACAGCCCGGCUGCGCCAGCUCAGGCUGCAGGAGGUUGAGUGCCAGCACAGCGCCUGGGACAUCCUGCACGGCGUGGGCACGGCUGCCAGGGAAAACUGCCCCCCCUCACACGGCUUCUCUACCGCUGACUACGCGGCUGGCUGGGAGAGGGCGGCCGUCAAUGUGACAGCGGCCUGGUCCUACUCACCACCCGACCUGCCGGGGGUCUGGUACUGGGGUUACAUCUCCUUCUACGACAGCAGCGGUUAUGUGCAGGAGCUGGGGGCUUCCCUAGAGGAAAGCAGGGCCCGGCUGAACUUCCUUCAGCAGCACACUUGGAUCGAUAACAUGAGCCGGGCAGUCUUUGUGGAGCUGAUGCAGUACAACCCCAGCGUGGACCUGCACGCUGCCAUCACCCUGCGGCUGGAGUUCCUGGGCGCCGGCCAGGCCAUCGCUGCAGUCACCAUCAGCCCCUUCCCGCUGCUGCGGCUCAGUGGGGGGGUCACGCUGCAGCUUCUCAUGAUGGUCUUCCUCAUGAUGUUUGUGGUCUACUUUGUGGUGUCCGAGUCACUGUCCAUCAAGAAGGAAGGCAGAGCCUACUUCACCCUGUGGGGCAACUAUGGCCAGUGGGUCUUCAUCCUCCUCACCACGUGCACCGUGGUGGUGCACCUCAGCCAAGCCACCCUGGCUGACCAGCAGUGGCUCAAGUACCUCAACAACCGCAGGGGUUUCACCAACUUCUACCAAGUGGCCUUUCUCAACACCGUCUUCAGCACCUUGGCUGCAUCCCUCCUCUUCCUCCUGACCGUGCAGGCUGCCCAGCAGCUGCGUUUCGUCAGGCAGUGGUCUGUGUUCGGGAAAACCUUUCAGAAGUCUGCAAAGGAGCUGACUGCUGCAGGGCUGGCGUUCGCUGUCCUCAUCCUGGCCUAUGCUCAGCUCGGCUUCCUGCUCUUCUCCUCCUCCUCGGAGUCCUUCCGCAGCGUUGGCAGCAGCCUCCUGCUGCUGUUUGCCAUGCUGCGGGGCAGUGUGAGCCUCCGCCCCUGCCUGCCCGAGUCCUCAGGCCUCUACUACCUGUUCUGCACCAGUUACAUCGUCCUGGAGGUGUGGAUCGUGCUGAGGCUGUUCACCGUGGUGCUUAUCCACAGCUACCGGGAAAUGCACUUUGAGCUGUACCGCCCCGCCUUCGAGCCGCAGGACUACGAGAUGGUGGAGCUCUUCGUGCGCAGGCUGAAGAUGUGGAUGGGCUUCAGCAAAGCCAAGGAGUUCCGGCACAAGGUCAGGUUCGAAGGGAUGGAGCCGCUGCCAUCCCGGGAUUCCAGUGACUCCAAAUCCUUCCGGGGCCCCACUCCCAGCGCUGCCUCCGACAGCUCCAGGGCCUCCACCUCCUCCAGCCAGCUGGAUGGGCUGAGCCUGGUGCUGAGCACCCGUGACAGCCUGGAAGUGGAUGCUGACAUCCAACGUCUCCUUUCCCUCUUCGAGAUGCUCCUCGCCCAGUUUGAUCGCGUCAACCAAGUGACAGAGGACGUGUACCGCAUCGAGCACCAGCUGGAGGGCUCUCGCAGCCGCCGUUCCCGGAGGAGGUACGCCCAGUUCUCGGAGGGCAUCCUCGGCACGGAGCAGGGGCCCUCGCCCGAGAUCUCCUCUGACACGGACCUGCAGCCCCCACGGGACGCCCCGCUGACCCCCCACUCUCCCGCCACCCCGCGAGGCAGCCGGGGCUCUGUGCCCAGCCGACUCCUUCGAGCUAGCCGAGGCAUCAGCGUGGCAUCUUCCGUGCUGCCCCCACACAAACCCUAUGCUGCCGGAGCUCCGGCUGUCAAGAAGAAACGGCCCCUCCGGGCCAAGAACAGGGUGCACCCCACUGUCAAAUAACGGGCAGUGUGUGGGCAUGGCGGGGAGCAAGGCCCGGGCAGGGUGGGGAGCGCCUGGGAAGAGGUUUGCGAAGGGUGGGCUGUGCCCGCCGUGCAGACCUGGAGCCUCAGGAGCUGCUGCUUCUGAAAGCUCCUGCCGAGAGGGCUGCUGCCUGCACUGCAGGGGGCUGCUGCCUGCACUAAGGCUGCUCCUGCACCGCGGGGCCUCUGCCUGCGCCACAACCUGCACAGCCACUGUCCUCCCCAGGCCCUGACAGCCACCUCCUGCCUGGUGGUUUCCAGCAUUGGGGUUGGGUGGAGAAGGCUGAGCCUUUCCCGCGGGAUCAGGGUGCAGCAAAAACCCCUCUUGGGGUAGGGCAGUAUUAAAAAGUUGUAUUUUUUUGUUAAAUGGCCGCUGGCCCAAGGCCGCCUUGCUGGGGCCUGGCACGGGGGGGCUGGGACAACACUCACCUCCCUUCCCCACUGGCUGGGCCGGAGGGAGAGGGUGAGGGGAGAGCCCCAGGCCUUGAAGGUUUGAACUGAGUCUUGGAUUGUUGUUGACCAGUCACACUGUGGAGGAAAGCUACAGGUUUUGAGAAGAUAUUUAACCUUUUUUUUUUUUUUUUUAAGCAUAAAUAUAUAUAGAUAUAGAUAAAUGAUAUCUAAGCCCAGAUCAGUUAAUUUCCAAUAUUGGCUACUUUUAUCCUCUGGAAAUUGGUACUAUUAUUUGUAUUUAAAGACACCCAAUAUUUAAAACAAAUGACAUUGCAAGCUGCAGUGAGCUGCUGGCCCUACUGCCUGGCCAGGCUUGAGGGGAUGGCGAGCGGCAGCUCAGCCCCAGGGCUGCAGCUCCAGGCAGGGGGUUGCUGCAGCGCUGGCUUCGCUGCGGCCCCCCACAUCCCCCCAGCCCUGCCCCGGCGCUCACCCCACCCUGCGGUGGCCCAUGGGCGCUGCUGCCCGCUUGGCUUUUCUAAUCCAAGGAAUGUAUUGACGUAAGUAUAUGUUUGGGGGUUUUUUUUGUUUGUUUACUUGUUCAUAUGUACUGCCCAGCACUUUAAACAAUGCUUUCCUCAGCUAACAAUGACACACGCGGUCUAACAAGAACGGGAUAAUAUAUCAUAAAAGCAGUAUUUUUUUGUUUUGAUUUGGUUUUGUUCAUUUGUUUAAAUUGUAAACUGAGCAAGCACUGAUGAAGUGAACGCAGCCCCCAGCACACCCCAGCCUGAGGCAGCCGGGCCAGGAACUCCCAGCAUCUUCCCUAGAGAAGCACAAAAUCAGGGGAGGCAGGUGAAGCCCUAAAGGAGCUUUUGUUGGGGUCCCUGCCCUCGCCCCGCAGCUCCCCAGGACUCACUGGGCUACAGCCGGCCUGUGCUUGCUGUACCCAGCCGGGGAGGGGCUGUGCCACGGGCCCCUCCUGCUCACAGACGGGGUGCUGAGCAGCAGCCGGAGCCUCCCCAGGGGCAGCCAGAGCCUCCCCAGGGCCUGCGUUCACUUCGUCAUUGCCAUUUCACCUGAUGUAUAUUGUAAGUAAUUUAUAUGGGUUGGUCUGUUUUUUUCUUUUUUUUAAAUGUAUAUAUUUUUAUAUGUUUGCUAUAUUUUCAUAGCAUCGGUAACAUGUUUGAAACAUGUAGAUAGGGGACAGAAUAUUAUUGUCAGAGUUAUUUAAAGGAUGUAUUAAGUGCUUCUUCCUGGGAAUGUCCUGUGUAUAUAAGUGUGAGGUGUCUGUGUGCGUGUGGUGCGUGUGCUCUCCCCCUCCGCCGCGGUUCGCCGGUGCUGGGUGGUGGGUGCCCAGCGCCUGCCCCCACCUCGGGAAGCGCCAGGGGGGCACCGAGGGGCCUUAGGCAGCGAGUCCAGACAGGCAGAGCCAUGGGGCAGGGGCCUGGGCGCUGCUGGCGGCCCUGGCAGAGUGAGGGGUGUCCCAGCUGCCUCAUCACGUCACUUCCUGGGUCUCCCCAUCCUGCUCCCAGCUGGUCAGAUGCUUUUAAAGAUUUUGUUCCCGCUGUCCAUGGGCUUCCUUGGCUCCUGGCACCCUUAUGGGCAACUGAAGGAGGACACAGGAGGGCCCAGGGGUGCUCUCUGGGUUUGGUGUAAGUUCCCUUUGAGAAACUCAGGUGCUGUGAAGGCCGGAGGCUGGGGGAAGGUUGCAGAAGGAUGCGGGCAGGGGGAAAACAAGUGUGGGGUGACUUGGAGUGAGAUGGGGGUCAGUCACCAUAGAGGUGUUUGAAGGCGCAGAGUGCAGGGGGAAGCAGAGGAAAGAUUAGUGGUAACCAUGAAGCUUUUUAGUAGAAGGAACAGCAGGUAGAAGCGAGGACAGAGAAGGGCCUGGAGUGCAGGAGAGUAGCUGGAGGAUCCAGCCGGGUGGCAGUGGGUGCCUGGUGCAGGCAGAAGGGGCAGCGAGGGCCCCAGAGUCCCCAUGAGCCCAGGGCUGGGCCUGGUGCUGGCGGUGUGAAGCUUUGCACACGAAGGAUUUGUUCCAGCUUUUACAAACAGCUCCAUCUGCUCCAGAACUCUGACUCUAUCUAAAACCAAUUUUCAAGCCAGAGAUUUAAAACUUUUAGCCUUGUAUUUUUUCUGGUUCCUUUUACUUCACCAAGCAGCACAGCCUCUGGGCUCGCUCUGGUCGGUGCCCCCGACUCUUUCGGCAGUGGGUACGGUGGUGGUGGCUACAAGCCCUGGCCAGAUCCCCUGAGCUGUACCAGGGUACAGCUGAUAACGGCGCUGGGCACAUGCUGCUGAGCUCGUGGGUCCUCCCUGCUGUAGGAAGGACGUAGUUAUAAAGCAAAAUAAAACACCUGCCCCAGAACAACCACUUCUAGCCUCCAGCUCUGCCCUGCAGCCCUUUCCUACUGCAGUGGAGCAAGGUGUGUAGAUCCAGCAGCCCCUGAGGGCCAUGGGGGUACAUUCCGUGAGGAAAACGAACCAAGCAGGUCUUGGAUAUCUCUUGCAUCUUCAAGAGUGAAAAAGUUCAGUUCAGGAGCCCCAGAUCAGCUCUCAGCUGUGUGUGCUUGUUUAAAAGAGGUUGGUGAGAAGAGUUAAGUGCAGGAGGGAGAGACGCAGGCAAGAGGCAGCGGCAAGCAGGGCCCUGACUGCUCUGAAAAGCCUUUAAUAAGCUACGGGGAGGUGAGCGGGCGCUGGGGGCCUGGGGUGCCCCCCCAGGGAAGCAUCAGGAUUCUUGUCCCUAUUUCUUCCAGAGCUUUGCUCUGCGUGUGAGUGUGACUUGAUGCGUGUGACUGACCAAGUGCUGCUUCUAACCGAAGCGGAGCAGCACCAGGAUAGGACAAGUGCCCUCCUCCCUCCCUGCGCUCGAGGGACGGAGAGCAGCUUGGGAACCCACCCUUGUUCCUUGAAAAGCCAAAGGCCUCCGUGAGGGCACGGGGGGCACCACCGCCAGCUUUCAAACAAAUCAUAGUUCUCAUGGCAGCAUUUAUUUGUACAAAACUCCAGCACCACUCGCAGGGCUCCCUACCUGUCCCAGCCGAGGCACCACAUACACGUGCUGAGGUGCAGCCAGAGGUACCGAGCCUGGAGUGAGACCCCUGACAGCAAUAAACUUGACUUUGCAGCCCUCGCUCAUCAAUACUCCUGAAUGUGUAUUUCUGUGUUUGUAGUCACCAAGAGAUGGUCUUAUUUAUUGUCUUAAGUCUCACAAAGAUGAAAUAGUAUCAAGCUGCUUAAAUAAAAAAAACCUCUAUCCAUUAGUUUAAAAGGGAGAGGGAGGGACUUACAUAAGUGCUUUUUGUUGUUUGUUUUUGUUUUGUUUGUUUUUUUUUUUUAAAAAAAAGAACAGAUGAUUGUGACCAAUAUGCCAACUGUUACUGUCUGGUCAGCAUUUCACUGCAAACAAAAAUAGCAUAUUUUGUAACUGUGGGGAUGUUUCUUAAAAAAAUGACAAGGUCAAAUAAAAGAUGACUGCUA